CUUCUCAUGUUUACAAAUGUUGCGAAUGUGUGAGAUCGGGGAUAGCAAGGCAGAGUGGUGUUUGUUUUGGUGCUUCAAUUCUUUCUAUGUCCAACUGUAUUUGGUCAUAUAAUAUGAUUGAUUACUAAUUAUCUUCUAUUUUAAGUAUUGUACUAAAGUACAAAAUGGGUUCACUGUCAACUGUGUUUUCGUAUAUCUGUCUGUGGGCGUUGUUAGGCCUCAGCCCACUGGUGGUGGUACGUGGCCCUUUGUGCGUAGAUGCCUCGACGCCUAGUGGGCCUAGGAAAAGUUUACAUUCAACUGUUAGUACUUCGGGCAGUGACGCAGGUAUUUCGAUGCUGAACCUACCAACGAAUAACGAUUCUGUGUUUCACAAUAAUAGUGUUAAGUUAUCAACAUUAAAUCCAUCCAUGAACAAAAGUAAACCAACCACACCGCCAAUUCCUGAACAUGACAAUCUGUUACCUGCAGAAGGAUCGGCUGAUGAGGAGACAUCAUCCAGCAUGACUAUAUUUUUCAUCCUUAUUGUUGUUGGAAUUUCAAUCCUUCUUGUGCAUACACUCAUUAAGCAUCAGUUUCAUUAUUUACCUGAGAGUGUGGCAGUGAUCUUCCUUGGAGCAGUCAUUGGGUUACUGCUAAUGAUCCUGAACAACCAGAACCUCACUGAUUGGACGAAAGAAGAGACUUUAGAUCCAACCACAUUCUUUUUAGUUUUAUUGCCACCUAUUAUAUUUGAAUCUGGUUACUCAUUACAUAAGGGCAAUUUUUUUCAAAACCUUGGCUCGAUUCUUGUCUUUGCUGUUUUUGGAACUUUCAUAUCAGCAAUGGUCAUUGGAGGAGGAGUAUAUCUUCUUGGACAAGCUGGUGUUGCUUAUGAACUUAGCUUGGUAGAGAGUCUGGCAUUUGGUUCAUUGAUAUCAGCUGUAGAUCCAGUGGCAACAUUGGCUAUUUUCUCAGCCCUUGAUGCCCAGCCCUUGCUUAACAUGAUGGUGUUUGGAGAGAGCAUACUUAAUGAUGCAGUUUCCAUUGUUAUGAGCAACACAGUAAUGAGGUUGAAUUCCCCUGAGAUGGCCGAUAUCAGCUCAGCGGAAGCAUUUUUCAACGGCGUUAUGUAUUUCUUCUUUAUGUUCAUCACGUCUGCCUUAACUGGAAUCGGCUUUGGCCUGCUCAGUGCUCUCAUCUUGAAACAUAUUGACCUGAGGAAGACACCGUCUCUGGAACUGGCAAUGCUGUUGAUGUUUUCAUAUUUACCGUAUGGAUUUGCAGAAGGAAUCAAAUUGUCAGGGAUAAUGUCAAUCCUGUUUGCUGGUAUUACCAUGUCCCAUUACACUCAUUACAAUUUGUCCCCCAUCACCCAGAUCACAGUUCAGCAUACAUUCAGGACAAUGGCCUUUGUUGGUGAAACCUGUGUGUUUGCUUAUCUUGGUCUUGCAAUAUUUAGUUUUAAUCAUAAGUUUGAAGCAGCACUUGUUAUUUGGAGUUUGUUUUUGUGUUUGAUAGCCAGAGCACUGAACAUUUUCCCACUCUCCUUUAUUGUCAAUUACUUCAGAGAACACAAAAUUAACCGCAAAAUGCAGUUUAUCAUGUGGUUCAGUGGUUUGAGAGGUGCUAUUGCUUAUGCAUUAAGUCUUCACUUGGAAUUUGAAGAUGAGGCACAUCAUGUCAUUGUCACUACAACUCUUGUUAUUGUGCUGUUCACCGUAAUCAUCUUAGGUGGUUCGACCAUGCCAUUACUAAAGUUACUGGAAUCGGAUGAAAGUCAAAAACCCAAGAAACAUGUGAAGUUCAGUAAAACAGAAGAAAUGGGGAGUGCAGUUGAUGCAGAUCACCUAUCAGAGUUAACAGAAGAGGAGUAUGAAGUGAAUUAUGUGAAGCCAAACCAGAGAGGCUUUGUGCGAUGGGACACCAAGUAUUUCAUCCCCUUCUUUACAAGACGAUUUACACAUGAGGAACUGCAUCACGGCCAAAUGGAAAUGAAAAGGCUUACAAAUAGAUGGUACUCUCAGCUACAAGGACGUACAUCAGAAACUGAUGAGGAAGAGAUAUCAUAACUUAUUAAAGAACAGUUGACACAGCGAUUGCCAUUGAGGGUUCAAAAGCAACACUGGUUGCUUGUGUAGCAUGUGCAAGGCACCUAAUACAUAUAUAUAAUUAUAUAUACAUAACAUCAUUUCUAUAGUGCUAUUUCAUUAAGAUCAGAGUGCUAUCAGGUGUGGCUUGGCAAAAGCUACUGCGUAUUUAAAUUCCUGUGCGAACAGGAGUACAAUUUGAACAAGGUAAAGUUACCCUUAUUAAUUUGUCAAAAUUAAUCCAAUGUGAACAGAGGUUAAGAAGUAAGUUUGAAUGUAGAAGUGGUUUGGUGCUAAAUAUUUGGCAUAUAAAGCUAUCACUGAAGUCCUUGUUUGAUAGGAUUUACUGCGGUUAAUUUAAGAAUUUGUGUUCUAGAGACAAUGUUUUUAUAUUUCCAAUGACUGGGUAUUAAUGUGAUUUUCACAUAGAAGCCCUUUUCUUUAUGUGUGAUAUAUUAUGUAGAAAUAUACAUAACUGAAGGAGUUUUGGAAACGAUUGUUGAAAUAGAUGUUUGGAAGUAUACUUGUAGACACUGAUAUAAAAUAGGAAAUAUUAAUACUGUAUUUAUUAAAUGAAUAUAAUAGGAAAUAGUAAUACUGUAUUUAUUAAAUAAAAAUAUAUAUUAAUAUUUUUAUGUGGGUGGGGGUUUAUUAAUGUACCUGUAUACUUGGGAGUUGCAUGGGGUUUAUAAAAUCCCCCAUAGUACUUGGAAUUUGAUGAAGUUCAUUAAUCUACCCAUAUAUAUGAGAGUUAAGGGGGUAUUAAUUACUGUGCAAAGUAGAGUAUAUUGUAGGAGGGUAAUCUUCACAUAUAUAUAUCUUUAUAUAGGUAGGAUGUAUUACUGUGCCCUAGUAAGAUUUGGGAUUGGUUCCAACCCACCAGAUAAUGAACCACUACAAAAUACAUUCCAAGUGCGAGAUUUUUGUAUAUAGACAAUACGUGUAUGUACUGUAUUAGGAAAAUGUUUGGCGAUACGAUAUUUUAUGGAUAAAGUAAAAUGCUUAUGUUGCAGUUGAGUUCCUGAAUGCACAACAGAGAGAUUACUGCUUAUAAGUACAAAGGUGCUAGCUCAAUAUUUUAUAGUGUGGAUGCUGUGUCGGGAAAGGAGACAAUGGAAAAGUAUUUAAACAUUUUUUGAAGACAUACUUUAAGACAAAUACUAGAGGCUUUUGUUAUUUAUUAUCCUGGACAGCAAAUGUUUUAUAAAGCAACAUCCAAGUACAAAUGCAGUAGUAACAUGUAUGUAUUAGUACCUAAUUUGACCACCUUCGUACUGGUAUAGUAGUGCAAAUAACACAUUUAAAUAAUUAGUGUGAAUGGUUUAAUAAUAAAUUAAUAUUAACAAUAGAAGUAUAAUACAAUAUUAUAACCUCAUGGUCCUAGAAAUGUCACAUUAAUGUGAUUUUAAUCAACAUUUGUAUCAUGGUGAUAUAGUAUUAUAUAUCAUCAUGGUAAUACAAGUUUAAUCAAUGUUAAAAAUCUGGGUGGGGCCAUACGACAUGCAAAGCACAAGGUGGUGCUUGAGAUUACUGUUCAGAAAUGUUGAUCAUAGACACUAUACAUGGAAUUUCAAUUCCGUGCACCUAUUUUUCUCUUUCUUUUAUUUAUUUUCGGUGGCUACUAGCCCCACUCUGCCUCCCUAUCUGAAUUUAUCCCUGGUAAUUCAAUCAUGUAAAUGAUGUAAUUUUAUUUUCUACUAGGUGCAAUAAAGAUUGACUGUGGUUUGAAA